AUGGCGCACCAAGCGACCGACAAUGACUCGGAGUCGUGGAAUCCGGCAUCACGGCCCGAGAACAAUCACACUCCUGUUAUCAUGAGCUCGGACGAGGGUGGAUCGGGUGAGCCGAUUGCGGCGAAUGAACCAAAGGACCUCGCGGACGCUAUAUCUACACAAAGUGAGGAUUUCUCUGCAUGGGAUAUAACCGAUGAGGUAGACGCGAAUCAGCCUCAACACACGAGCUUGGACACGCGAGCGAACAAUGCAUCACCAGCGGUAGACCAGGCGGUUUGCCCAGACAUUGAUUCCGUUGAUAAGAUCAGCCAAAUCCCCGAAGAGCCGAUCGAGGAGGCUCAUAUACCUAUCGCGCCAUCUAUCGAGACUACAGAUACCGUCCCCAAGCCGUCCCUGCGAGAGACUCAGGCCGCGCAGCCAGUUCAGAACGAACCAGCUCCAGUCCAGUCCGAUGUGGGGUGUAGUCUUAGUUUUCCGGUUACUAUAGACAGCGCUGCUUCCGCUGUCCCACGUGAACAAGGAGCCCCCUCUGAGUCGGCAUUUUUGAAAGAGACUAUACCAUCCGAGGAAGAACAAACAAUAGCACCCGAAGCCACCUUGGACACUUCUCAACAUGAAUAUACCACUCAGUCCGCCCCUACCGAAGUACACUUUCCACAAGAAGACGAGGUGAAUGCCGAUACGGAGGAUCCUUGGGUUAACUUUGAGAAGGACAUUGGCAAUACUCUGCCCUCCGCCGAAGAGGCUCUACCUCCUAGCAAAACUUCCCAUACUACCCUAGAGAUUCCCUCAACAUCUACUCAAACCCAAGACAGCGAUGAGCCGAAGUUAGUUGAAGAGGAUGUACGUCCAUCGCCUGAGGAAACGGCAUCUACGGGUGCGACAUUUGACGAGGAGAGUACUGGUGUUUUCAACUCCACCGAAGAGGCUAUCACUCCGACUGAGAAUGAGCAACUUGAUCCCGUGUCUCGCUCGGGAAAGGUGGAAUCCGAUAAUACCCCUCCUAUUGGAGAGGCCUCUGCACCGACCGACGACGGUCAUCUAAAUCAGACCGCAGCCAAGGUGGAUACAACAACUCAAGAUCAACCUUUCUGGGAAAAUGAGCCGAGUGGCGAAGUGGACUCUGACGAGGACGACUUCUUUAACCAACUCAACACCCAGACUAAGCCUAUCUUUGCGGAAGCCGAGUCCAGGUUCGAGGAAGGCGUUCCGUUGUUAGAUGAAUCUACACCGGCUUCGCCUCAGUACCAACAGAAGGAAGAGAAAUCUAUCGACAGUGUGUUUUCCAAUGAUGCGGACGACGCAGAUGGCUUCUUCAGCUCUACUCCACAGCCAGAGGGAAAGAAUGAAGAUGACGAGUUCUUCGGCUCUUCCACAAAGGAAGAGAGUGAAAAUCAUCCCGCCGUUCAUCUUACCCCAAAGAGCACGUCUCAGACCUUGAAAUCGGCUGGAUUUCCGCUUGACUCCCCUGUAAGCGACACUUCGGCUGCAGCGCAGUUCGAUGAUGCCCUGAAGGCGGCGUCGCGGCAACCCCAGACAACAGCCGAUCCCUCGGAAGAAGAGCUAGCGGCAAGGUGGGAGGCUGAGCUAGGUGAUUCACCAGAUGAUGAUCUGGCUGCUCGCUGGGAGGCGGCAUUGGAUGACGACGAUUUACUGCUGGAGACCGAAGUUGCUCAGCCUGUCCCUGCACAGGAUGACAUUCGUCAAACCCCCGUCCAACCUACCCACAAUGGUGUGUCGGCUGGUUUGAAUAGGUGUUUCUCUACCCGGGACUGCGCCGCCAGCCACCGCUGCGAUGUCAUCCUACUUCUCGCAGCCACCGCAAAACCCCGUCGCAACCAGGGGGAGAGUUUUGCUGAGCGAUCAAAAGAGGGUUACAAAUCGCCUUAUGACCUUCCAGAUGAUAUCCGACCGCGAAAGCCGGUCGUUGCCCAAAAGCCUAUCCCUCCAGCAGUAACCAGUAUGCCUCCACCUCCUCCCCCAGGUGCUUCUGGCGUACCGAUUACUGCUGCAGCUGGCUUCCCAGCUCCGGCACCUCCCACCCCAGCUGUUGCUGCUCCCCCUGCGCCCAAGAAUUUCUACGAAGAACUUCCUCUGGCGCCACCACGGUCCAGACCUGCCAGCUCAGGUCGAUACACCCCUAAUCCACAGGCGGCGCCGACCAUGAUCGGGUCACCCCUUUCUUCCCAGAGUCAAUAUGGUGUUGCCUCCCCACCGGCCCCACAGCCUGUCGGGGUCCCAAUCCAGUCCACACUUCGGCCACCUGAACAGUUGGAUCCGUAUGCUAGCCUAGCGUCGAGCGCCCCGGCCGGACCUCCUGCCGUAGCAAGGUACUCUCCUCAACCUCCUGGCCCGCAAGGACCCUCGAAGCCACCUUCAUUGCCGAGAUAUUCCCCUGCACCCCCUCCCAUCUCUUCGGGUCGCAGUCGUUAUGCCUCACAGCCACUCAAUGUUCCCGGCCAAACUUUGCCUUUCCAGCCCCGGACGUCAAGUCCGCUUGCACACCAUGAAAAGGUUUCUUACCAACCCGAUCCAUCACACAAGCCACCAUCUCUUGAGCCUGCGAUCAACCUUUCCCCACCGCACGUGCAAGGAGCUGGCUUCGGCCAAAUUCCACCUAGUGCUUCACAAUAUAUCAGUGGCCCGGCCAGCCUACCGCGGAGAGAAAGUGCGGGCUCACUUGUGCAGUCAUCUCCGCCUCAGAGUCGCUAUGCCCCUCAGGAAUAUCUGGAUGAAUUCGCCCACCGUCUUGCGCCGGCUCCAGAAUCUGCCCCCCUGCUCCCGCGACGAAUGUCCCAGACCCAAUCGCCUGCCCGGGACUUGACGAGUCCACGUUCCUAUGGACAGAACAUUGAUACCCUCCAACGGCCUGCUUCGGUGCAAGCUUCUGGCUCGCCGACCAAAACUGUGAAUCCGUAUGCUCCUAUGCAGGCUGCUUCUCAAACCCGGCCUCCCACCCAGCACCUGGAAUUCAUCGCCCCCAACGACGGUCAGGAGCAUGAUCCCCUGGAGCGAUGGAAGGGUGCUCCGAUCUUCAAGUUCGGGUUCGGUGGAUCCAUUGAUAUCCCAGCUGAGCGAAUGGCUACCCCCGUCGACACCAUUGUCCAGCACCCUGGGCCUCUCAAGGCAAAGUCGAAGAAAAAGGACUUGAUUGCUUGGCUUUCUAGCAAGAUUGCGGCCUUCGAAAAUUCGGACCUUCCGAGUUACGAGAAACUUCAGUCUGAUAUGCACAAACGCCAGGAUGAAAAAACCCUCCUAUGGAAGGUUGUGAAGCUCCUGGUGGAAAAUGAUGGUAAUCUGGAGGGUUCCCCUGAGAUUCAGAAGUCUCUCCGCCACCUCAUCUUCCCCAACUUACCUGACCCCGACGCAGACGGAUCAUAUACCAGCAGCUUAGCUGCCCCCGGGGGGUAUACCGGUUCGGAAAUGACCUCGCAGCCUGAUGCUGUUGACGCACAGUGGCUGGAAGAGCUUCGCUUACACUUGGCCCGUGGUGAUCGGGAGAAGGCCGUAUGGAGCGCUGUCGACCGACGUCUUUGGGGACAUGCGAUGAUCAUUUCAUCCACCAUGGACAGAUCGAUCUCGAAGCAAGUCACGCAGGAGUUUGUCCGCCGCGAGGUCAGAUCAAAAGCCGCAAACACUGAAUCACUUGCAGCUCUCUACGAGAUUUUCGCUGGCAAUAUUGAAGAAAGCAUUGACGAACUCGUGCCCCCGUCUGCCCGAGCAGGUCUGCAGCUGAUUAGCAAGGCCAAUGGCCAGGGCACUACCAAGAAUGCCCUCGAUGGUUUAGACAAGUGGAAGGAAACCUUGGGGCUGGUUUUGAGUAACCGAAGCUCUGAGGAUCAUCAGGCCCUACUUUCCCUUGGCCGCCUGCUUACUUCUUAUGGACGGACAGAGGCGGCUCACCUCUGUUACAUCUUCUCGCGGGCUGCUGUUUUCGGUGGUCCCGAUGAUCCACAGGCCAACAUUGUUCUCCUUGGUGCUGACCAUCAGCGUUGCCCUUCUUCUUUGAUGGAUCAGGACGCUAUAUUGUUGACCGAGGCUUAUGAGUAUGCCACUUCUGUUCUUGGGAACUCCCCAACAGCCAACCUGCCACACUUGUUGGCCUUUAAGAUGUUGAACGCAAGGUUCCUUGUAGACCAGGGUCGUAAUCUAGAGGCGCAAGCCUAUUGCGACGCCGUGGCAUCGGCAUUGAAAGCAACCACUCGUCCCUCGCCGCACUAUCACCAACACCUCUUUGCGGAAGUUGAAGAGCUGUCUGCACGUUUGCGCCAAACAACCAGCGAUACUGGCUCCUGGAUCUCGAGGCCAAGCAUGGAGAAAGUUUCUGGGUCUAUGUGGGCUCGUUUCAAUAGCUUUGUGGCAGGCGAUGAAAGUGACGCUGGGUCGACUGGAUCCGGGAAGGGUGGCGAGCAAGCGGAAUUUGGUCCUUUUGCAAACGUCGCUGGUACCCCAACAAUCAGUCGCUCACCUUCUGUAUCUGACAUUUACGGUUCUUAUCCUGGAGCAGCAGCAGGAGCGCUGCCUAUUGCUACCGGCGGCCCGUCCAAGUAUCACCCGUCGAGCCAAUAUGCGCCCAAUGCCUCGCCCGAGCAAUUUAAGGGCCGAUCUUCAAUGGAUUCUCAGAGAUCUGCUUCCUACUUUCCGCCCGUUGGACAGCGUCGGAGCUCACAAGAACUAUCGCCCUCGAUUGAUCAACAGAUGUCGUAUGGACCUCCAAUUUAUGGGUCACCAAACGCCGGUGGUUAUCAAGCAACACCACCCCAGUCCUCUUACAUCCCUCUAGCUCCGGUAGAAGAAGCUAUGUCACCCGCUGAGGCUCCCCCAGCUGCACAGCCUGUGGUCAAUGGACUCUUUUACCAGCCUCCAGGACAGACUGCCACAUCCAGCGAGUCUCCUUAUUACCAAGGCCCUCCUGGUAUGCCAGCUGGUAUACCAGACUCAGAGUCCUCGUACGCACCUCCUGUUGCCAGUUCCUCCUACGAGCCGGUUUCUUACGAGCCAGUCGCGGCUGGUGUAGAUACAGGCCAUGUUUCCCAGGAGGACAUUCUGCCACCUACUGCAGAGCAGCCAAAGAAGCAGUCGAUUAUGGAUGAUGAUGAUGACGACCUUGCGGCCCGAGCAGCGGCUAUCCAAAAGGCGGAGAAUGAUCGCAAGGCAAAUGAAGCGUUUGCGAAAGCUGCCGAGGAAGAUGCUAAGAAGGAUGCCCAACAAUCUGGCAAGAAGGGCUGGUUUGGUGGUUGGUUCGGUGGAGCCAAGAAAGAGGAAAACAAUUCCGGUGGCGGCCCUAUCAGAGCCAAACUUGGCGAAGAGAGCUCAUUUUACUACGACAAAGAUUUGAAGAAAUGGGUCAACAAGAAAGAUCCCAACAGUAGCGCUCCGGUCCGUGCCACUCCACCUCCUCCUCGAGGAUCUGCUCCCCCUAGCCGGACUGCGAGCUCGGGCAGCAUGCCACCAAACGGUGCGUCUCCGAUGCCUGCGAUGCCCCCAAUGCCGACCUCUGGCAGCCGCCCUCAAUCCUCCUCAACCGCCGCUCCGCCUUUCUUGUCACCUAGCCCGGGCUUCCCCGGUCUUGCGCCUCGGUCCGUUUCUACGGGAGCGGCUAUGCCAACACCACCUGGUAGUUCUAGCGGCCCGCCGCGGCCCUCUUCAUCGUUGACUCAUGCUAGCUCAAUCGACGAUUUGAUUGGUGCGCCUCAGGCGCGCAAGGGCAACACCGUCCGCGGCAAGAAGAAGGGCCGUUACGUUGACGUGAUGGCCCAAUAA